AUGGCCGACUUUCUCAAGAACAUCAUUGGUGGUGCCAAGUCAGAGGAGCCGGUGCCCUCGGCAGACGCAGACUUCGCAGACUUUGCCGAAGCUCCCUCCCCCGCCCCGAUUCCGUUUGAGAAACCCCCCGGAGGCGCGACUCUCAAUGGCAAUGGACCUGCCGUUACGGAUCGUCCGUAUACAAAGUGGUACAACGUCCAUGAGCGCCACAGCCUCUCCGAGUUCAAGGCCGAGGGUGUGAUAUUGGCUGUCAUUGCCGUCAUCUUUACUCUGCACUUCAUCGGCACCAAGCUCAACAAGGCAAAGUCGAGAGCAUGGAUCAAGGCGCACGCCCCGACGCUCGAGAACGAGUUCGCGCUGGUAGGGUUCGGUGGUGUUCCCAACGUCGAGCAGCAGCAGCCCGAGAAGCUCUUGAAACAGAAGAGCUUGUUCGAGUAUGCGACUUAUGCUACCGGCCGACAGAAUGUUGCGUUCAUGGACGUCGCCUUGACUCUAAAGAAGCGCUUCAACCCCAUCAUGACCUCUGUCGAGACCGUCUUGGGCUUCUUCUUCGACAGCUUCGGCUCUCCUGUUGACUCGCUCGAGGCUACCAUCUACCCCUUUGAUGGCAAGGAGUCGGCCAUUGUCCCCAACCUGCCUGGCGCUGCCGAGCUCCGAACCAAGGAUGCAAAGAGCGGCUACGACAACUUUGUUUGGGCUCUCGUCAACAAGGACAACAUGAAGCAGCUGCGCGACGAGCGUUACGACCUCUCCAUCACUUUCACCAAGGAUAACUCAAAGCUGCCCAUUUGGGUGACUUGCAUGAGCGAGAGCGCUGAGAUCACCGAUGCCUUGCUCACCAAAGACUUGGCUGCCGCGAUCGAGAAGGCUGGCGAUCUGUUCGAGGCUUUGAUCAUUAGUGACCAGCCCCUUGACAAGCCAACCAGGGUCGAGGAAACUGCACCCCGCAAGCGACUCUUCCUUCGUUACAGACUCCCCUCCGACAACAACUACGACAACCUGUUGCCCCUAUUCAACGUAUUCGUGCGCCUCCCUGAUCACCUGGCUGCCUCGGGUCAUUUCCGCCCUGAGGUUCUCCGCAAGGUCAAGAAUAUUCGUGAUGAGACAAUCAAACAGAUCCAGAAGCUCUCAGAAGAUGAGAAGGCCGAGGAGCGGGCAAUUGAGCGCGAGAAGACCAGGAAGGCCAAGCGAGAUGCUGAGCUCAAUGCUUUGGACGCCAAGGCUCAGAAGAAGUAUUUGGACAAGGAGAAGGACAAGCAGAUGCGCAAAGCUCAAAAGAAGCAGACUGUCAGGGGCUAG